UGCUCUCAUUCCGAGCAUUCUUCACAUCUCUAUCGGUGCGUUCACAUUCCCGGGCGGCCCAGAAACACGAGAAUAACUUUACACAGUUCGCAAAGAAAAAAAUAUUAACUAUAUAAUCCCACAUUAGAAAAAACACCAAAGGGGCCGAACUUAAAAUUUGAUAUAUAUAAAGCGGACCUUAAGUUGGCGCCGCGCGGGUCCUCGCAACAUUUUCGGAGCGCUGCAACAACAUAGCGAGGAGAGAGAGACUUGUUGCGCGCGCGUCUGUUGCGUUUAUUCACGAGCUUCUGCGCAAAUCCCACCCGAUUCACCGUAGUUUGCUCCAGGCUUCGGCUUGGAGGUCUCAACCGCCAUCAUUGAUCCCAGCAGUUGGAGUGGCAGUGAAAGUUCUGCCGAGGACAUCGAGAGGAUGAGCGACUCUGCGGAAAAGCCGCUUGACAAUGACGCAGAGGGGGUGUGGAGUCCUGACAUAGAGCAGAGCUUCCAGGAGGCUUUGGCCAUCUACCCGCCCUGUGGACGCCGCAAAAUUAUCCUGUCAGAUGAGGGCAAGAUGUAUGGUCGGAACGAGCUGAUAGCCAGAUAUAUUAAACUCAGAACUGGAAAGACGCGGACAAGGAAGCAGGUGUCUAGUCACAUACAGGUCUUAGCAAGAAAGAAAGUUCGAGAAAUCCAAGCUGCCAUCAAGGUGUCUAGUCACAUUCAGGUUCUUGCCAGAAGGAAAUCUCGUGAGUUUCAUUCCAAGCUAAAGGUGACGAGCGUGGAUCAAAGCGUGAAGGACAAAGCUCUUCAGAGCAUGGCCUCCAUGUCCUCGGCUCAGAUUGUCUCUGCCACGGCCAUCCACAACAAGCUGGGUCUGCCUGGUAUCCCUCGCCCUGCCUUCCCGGGAGCAGCAGGGUUUUGGCAGGGCAUGAUAUCCACAGGGCAGCCCGGAUCGUCCCAAGACAUCAAGCCAUUUGUCCAGCAGGCAUACCCAAUCCAGCCAGCAGUCACAACUACAAUCUCAAGCUAUGAGCCCCCAACAGCACCAGCACCCACAGUGCCCGCCUGGCAGGGCCGAUCCAUCGGCACGUCUAAACUCAGAUUAGUGGAGUUUUCGGCUUUCCUUGAACACCAGAGAGAUCCAGAUUCUUACAACAAGCAUCUUUUCGUGCACAUCGGUCAGACAAAUUACUCUUACAGCGAUGCCUUGCUCGAGUCCGUGGACAUUCAUCAGAUUUAUGACAAAUUUCCAGAGAAGAAAGGAGGACUGAAGGAGCUGUUUGGCAAGGGCCCUCAGAAUUCAUUCUUUCUCAUAAAGUUUUGGGCCGACUUAAACUGCAACAUCCUAGAUGAAACUGGGGCUUUCUAUGGAGUAACCAGUCAAUAUGAGAGUCCGGAGAACAUGACCAUCACCUGCUCCACCAAAGUUUGCUCGUUCGGCAAACAAGUUGUGGAAAAAGUAGAGACGGAGUAUGCUCGAUUUGAAAACGGACGCUUUGUCUACAGGAUAAGUCGAUCACCCAUGUGUGAAUACAUGAUCAACUUCAUCCACAAACUCAAGCACCUGCCUGAGAAAUACAUGAUGAACAGUGUCCUGGAGAACUUCACCAUCUUAUUGGUGGUCACAAACAGAGACACACAGGAGACCCUGCUGUGCAUGGCCUGUGUGUUUGAGGUGUCAAACAGUGAGCACGGAGCCCAGCAUCACAUCUACAGACUAGUGAAGGAUUAAAGCGACUCUUUCACAUACAGCAGACUCUCAACCUCAUUACUGUGGCAGUGCCUCCUCAACAUUCACUCAACAUGAUUUUGUCACAUUUGGGUGAUGCUUUUAAUUAUAUAUAUAUAUAUUUUCCUUUAAUAACGUGUUUGACGUUUAACUGCGGCUGUGAAUGGCGGUACAGUUGUAUUAUGUUGUUUUAAAGCGGGCAGUAAUGUCGAAGAUUGCCGAUCAUCACUCGUUCGUAGGCUGUACAUAAGUAACAGUAUCAUUUAAGGGUUGGGUUUGAGUCAGACAACCUCAUAAAUUUUUUUCACAAAUAUUAGCCUUCUGUACAUGAUAUACGUCUGUCAUUUGUAUGGAAGCGUAUGGGUGUAGAUAAUCUAUAAACCUUCUUCUCACGUAUUUGUAGGUUUUUCCCAAAGAAAAAAGUCUCAGAUUUAUUCAAAAGAAAUCUACUGUAGGUGUCAAAGAUAUAAAAAAAAUCCUGCAUUCAAAACAUCACGAGAAUUCAGGGAAUUCAUGAGCCCAGCCCUUAAAAAUAUUAAUUAUUUUCCACCUUUUUCUGUCGACAUCCCAAGGAAUAACUGCACUGUGAUAACCGAACUUUUGACCAACCUGUGUCUGUUUUCCCAUAAGUCACCUGCAAUAAAUCGCAGAGAAUUGACCCCUUACUGUUUCCUGUACAGCUAAAUGCCUCCUACCGUCAUGCUUGUGUAUUUCUAAAACAAGAAGCACUGUAUUAACUUACCAGGGGUUGACGGAUGAUCUGUCAACUUUAACCCGAGCACUUGGAUUUUUUCGCUGGAGAUCUUCAGCAAGAGAUUUUUUUCUCAGACGCACAGAAGAUGCCACAUUUCGCGAAGCCCAUCACGGAGCAACUUCUAUUCGGAUUUAGUCGUGUAAUCAAUCCCAGAGUUCCUUGCUGCCUUUGUCAUUCCCACACAGCCCACGUCUCCGUGGCCUAAUCGUUUUCAAAGACUGCAAGCCUUAACGUUUGUGUGAACUCCAAAAGAUGCCACUAAAGCUGUGAUUUCUUUCCUAAGCUGGAAGAUUUUAGUUCUUGUCACGUGUUGUGAAAGUUGUACAGUACAAAACUGAAAAAAAAGGACAAGCACAGUGCCUUAGUGAACUUGAGGAAACGACACUAAGAUUAUAUGCGUCAUCUUUAUAAACGGAGCGCUGGCCGGUGUGCACAUUUGGUUGAUCUUUUACCACAUCUCUACAUGUAAGACGUAUACGUAACUAUCCAAUCUUGCCUUUCAAUAUCCGAAAAGACCAAAAAGUUAUCGGAGAUGCAUUUAUCUCCUCUUUCUUACCUGCACUGUAGCAUGAAAGUGCCUUCGGUUCAGAUUUUUCCAGCUUAGAAAAGACUGAUGUUAUUAUAAAGAUGACCAGAAACCAAAUAAAUGGAUGUAGGUAAAAUAUUCACCACAUUGCCUUCAUAUAAUUUUAUAGAAGAAUCAACAUGGGCUAGUGAGUGGAUAUGUAUUCAAAGCGUUAUGUCUGCAUUUGAUUUUGGUGAAUGUGGCAAACGUUGUUUUUGUUUGUUUUUUUUAGACCUAUUUGACACAGAGCUACUUGUACGAUUGAUUUUAAGCCAUCUAAUGUAUUAUUUUUCUUUAUAAGUAUACUAAACACUAUAUUAAGUGAUGUCAAGGUGUGUUACUCCUCCAAGCUUAGGAAAGGUUUUAACCAGGCCACGUGAAAAAAUCCUUGAUGGAUAAAAGUUGGCUUUCACCAAAUCAUCACCAUCACUACAUAAUUUAUUCGUACUGUUAAGUGGACGAUUAUAAGCGAAGUUAGAUUUACAGUUCUGUAUGUUGUAAUGCUUAAAGUAAACUGUGGAGUCAAGUGUGCUCAAAAUGGCAAACGGUGUUGUUUUGUGUUCUCCCUCCCUGCGUCCUUUGUUAUUGUUCAUGGUUCAUAAAUGACUUUUAGAGAUCUUCCUGUGUUGUUCUACAUGUGCGCGAUGGUCUCGUGAUGACGUCAGUAUAUUCUGCACCCGUCCGGGUGUCUAUACUGUUACCGCUGCUGGUGCAUUUGUUACGUCUGUCCCUCCUUAACAGUGCCCUUCACUUCUCUAGGGGUCCGAGAACUGAUGCCUUUAAUAUGAUGAAUGUUAAACGGACAUUAUUUUGCUCGUUAUGGACACUAAACGAUGAUUUUAAUGGAAUGUGGACUACAGUAUGUCAGCGGUUUAGCUUAUAUAUAUAUAUAUAUAUUUUUGAAUUGUUUCUGUUUUGUCUAUGUGUGUAGGUACUGGUACCUCCUAUGUUCAUUAUCAUUUAAGAUGUUGGCUUUAAAGUGAACUUUUCUCUAGUUCAGAUAGUAUCAUUAAAGAUAUGGAGUUUGUGUGCAGAGAUUUUUUGUAAAAAGGUGCUUUGUAUAAAAUAUAUUCUGGCUUUUCUUGGUACAAAGGUGUGAUAUCUUUUAAUAUCCCAGAUCGGAGCAGGUCUGACAGACGAGAAAAUAAACCUACUAUGUGUGUGUUCUUUAUCGCAACUGUUCUGUCUUUGCUCCGUAACAUUUUGAUGCCUUCUUGAUAAAGUGGUAGAUAUUUUGUAGCUUUCUAGAUACUUUGUAUGUAUACGAUAUUGAAUAAAAUAAAUAAUUAAAAUGCA